UAUUACUGGCAGUAGUACUAGUUAACACCAUCACAUUGUAUCGCUGAGUGAAGAGUAGCCAGCACCUACUGAUCCCAGAGUUUGGAUAUCUUUUUGAUAGCUCAUCAUGUCUGCCCCAGCCCCAGAAGGUAACCGCCGCCUGCAACAGACUCAGGCCCAGGUGGACGAGGUGGUGGAUAUCAUGCGUGUGAACGUUGACAAGGUGCUGGAGCGUGACCAGAAGCUGUCGGAGCUGGAUGACAGAGCAGACGCGCUGCAGGCCGGAGCCUCCCAGUUUGAGACCAGCGCUGCCAAGCUCAAGAGGAAGUACUGGUGGAAGAACUGCAAGAUGUGGGCCAUCCUGAUAGCUGUCAUAGUCAUCAUUCUGAUCAUCAUUAUCGUCUGGAGCACACAGUCGUAAAGAAUCAGGAUGAAGAGGAGGAGUUGCAAGAAUGAUGAAGGAGAGGAACAAGUGAAAAGCUGAAUGUUUCUGAGGAGGGAGUCACAUGGUUUAGCCUACUGAACUCCACAGCCUAUUUUCUACUGCAAAGGUCCCUGUCCCUGGUCCAGAGAGCUGUGUAUGUGUGUGUCUGUGCCUGAGUGUGUGUGUGCUUUGGUUUCAAGGCCAUCAUCCACUCAGAAUCCUGUCAUCAUGAGGAUGAUUGUUGUGAGUAUUGUUGUGAGUAUUGUGUGAGAGCACAGUGGCUUUACUGGACCAGGUGUUGGUAAGAAUACUGCUUCAAACUCCUCAUACAAAAUAUUAUUUUCUUCUUUUUUAUUAUUAAUUGCCAAUAUUUGAUUGUGUAAUAGCGUGAGGCAGAGAGAGACAAGUGCCUUUUGAGAGCUGCUCUGUCUCUGUUUCGCUGUUAGUCUCUACUGUAAUGCUAAUCUAAUGUGCCAAGGGGGCCGCUUGACCUGCACGUGCACACAAAUAAACUUGUUUUUCAUAACAGAUCAAUACAUGGUAGUCUGAACAGAAGCCAAAUGUACCUGAGAAGUGUUCUUAUCUCCAGAGUCAAACCUGAAACGGUUGAGAUUCAAUUGAAACGUUACUUGUCAUCUUCUUCCUCCCUAAAGAAGAGUAGCCACGGUUGUAGUCACAUUGGAAAAAUUAGCUUACAAAUUACACCAAGCUUGUGUACUAAGUGACCAAGUAAGUACACAAAGCCCUAAUAGUCCUAUAUCCUACUGCCACUACAUGGGGAUGAAAUGUGCCAUGUGUCUUGUUGCUUGAAGUUGUGAUCAGGGUCAAAGCACAAAGUAAUAGCUACAGUAUGUGGUAGAAAAAAAGGUAAAUCUAACCAAACACAGCCAUGGUUUACAUACUGAACCUACUUACCAGCCAACCCUCAAGCAGUGCCUUGAAAUACUCACAAACAAAAACACAAACCUUUCCAAGUUUGUGCCUGUCUAAGUGCUUAUCCUUCACAGUACACCAGUCUCCUCCAACUCACUCAAGGAUCAGCUACACCUCUACAUCCAGUUCCUUAUUUUAUGAAUUUGAUUUAAUAAAAUGUAUUUCGUAUGUAUACAUUUGAUGCUUAUUUUGAGGUGUGUAGGAAUUUUCAGUAAUAGUAUAGUGCCUUUCUUGUAGUAUAGUGCUUUUUUUGCUAACUGAUGGAUUUAAUAUUUGGCUGCUGCUGUAAAAAGCAUCUUAGCAGAUGUAGUUUAGAUGGAAAAUGUCACAUAGGUGUGCCAAUACCAUAAGUCACAUUUGCUCUAUCUUCCCGCCCCAGUGCCUAUGGCUCGUACAGAUCUGGUAUGAAAAUACAAUGUAUAAAUGUAAUAUGUUGCACAGCAAAAGGCGAGGUUGUUUAUUGCUUUACAACAGUUCUAUUUUCUCCAGAGGAUCUCAGUUUCAGGACGUAGUGUCCAGGACAACUUCAACAAAUAUUGUGGCUCCUGAAGCUGAUUAUUUAAAUGUAAGGUUUAGACUAGUAUAAAACAGCCUUGUUCCAUAUACAAUACAUUCUGUUUCAGAAAGUGUUUAAUGUAUACACCCAGAUUGCAAAAUAUAUUGCUUGUGUCUAGCUUUUCUGUGUGAAAACUAAUGAACCAAGUGCAAUUCUACUCUUUGGCCUUGAAUGCUUUGUGUAUUUGCUUGAAUAAAAACAAAUGUAACAUUGAUCACCAAA